UUGCGCGAUCAAGGCAAGUAAUGAACUUGUAAGAAAUUUACACCGCGAUGGAUUAGAUCGUGGGUGCAUUGCAACAUUUAAUAGUAAAAUGGUUGUGAGACAGAACUUUACUAGAGAUGAAACAUCACUUUAUCGCUCUCUUAACAGUUUAAAGAACUAUGUUAGUGGUUCCACUCGUCUUUAUGAUAGUAUUGUUGAUAUCAUAAAAACCUUUCAUAGUAAUGGCGACCGUACUCGUCCUUGGAUUUUGGUCGUUGUAACUGAUGGUGAUGACAAUGGCAGUAGCCUCAGUUUACUUAAAUGUGCUAGUGAAAUAUCACGAUUAUUUACUAAAGAUUCUAGUAACUUUUUGUUUCUUGUUGGUGUCGGUGAUGAUGUGAAUUCAACCAAGAUGGAACAGAUGGCUAGUGCUGGCAACUUCAUCUACUUCCCUGUUAAAGACUUUUUCCUUCUUGAGCUUGUAUUCUUGACUAUUGCCCAUAAAAUCACUACCUCUCUAUCUCUCUCCCUUGGCAGUCUCUCUGUCGGAAACUAUUCCGCUUCAUGGGCCGAAGUUCAAAGGCAUAGAAAUCUUAGCCAAGUCGCCAUCGAUUAUGCUCUAUUGAUCGAUGUAUCUAGUUCUAUGAAUAGUAUAAUAAAACCACCUGCCCCUCAAUGUUUUGCCGGCCAUGACUUGAAACAAAAAGUUCAAAUUGGUGAUUGGUGGUGUGAUAUCUGUGGAGAAGAUGGUCUAACUUCGACUUCUCAAUAUCACUGUAACAUCUGCAAUUUCGAUGCUUGUUCUAGCCAUUGCGAACCUGGUGAAAUAUGCAAAGCUAAAAGUACCUGCCGAUAUCGUCAUCCUCUUCGUUAUGUGCAAACUCCUGCAAUGUGGAGGUGUGAUGAAUGUAGUAAGAUUUGUUUUGGAAGACGUUUACACUGUAAACAAUGUGAUUAUGAAUUAUGUUCAACAUGUUUGGCAAAUGAGGACCUUGCUUAUUUAAUGGCAAACUUGCUCAUCGCCUCUGCAAGAUGA